AAACGAAACACGUUGGACCCUCGGUUUAUUUGGAAAAAGUGCUUGUUUUGAUCCCCUCUUCCACCCAAUUUUUUUUACAUACGGUCAUGUAACACCCUGUAUAUUAAUUUACCCUAUUUUACUAUUAUGCACUAAUAUCGCCAUCUUCAUACUAUGUUAUAACACCUUACAAUUCGCAAGUGAAUGCUUGAAUGAAUUAGUAGGAUGUUAAUUAGUUCUCUCUUUAUACGUGCACUUUUGUUAAAAUGUUUCAGGUCAGCCCUAUGGCAUAUUGUGUGGUGUCAUUUGAGGAUGGAACGUUCUCUGAACUUCCAAGCAACUGGCUUGUAGGAAAUAAGGAGCAAUGCUGGUGGCCCCGAGGACCGCUUAUAAAAAAUAUAAAUUCCCUUAUGGAAAAAUGUGUAGAACCUAACGGAAAAAAUUGGGAGCAACAUCCAGUGAAAGUUGAGUUCUACUGCUCGUCAUUACAUACUGCUAGGCUGAAAGCAUUGGAUCCUGAAUAUACGUCCUCAGAAGAAAAAGGCAGGGGACGUAGAAAAAUAAAACGAAAAAACCUAUCUGAUUCAGAUAGUGAAAAGGAAUGUGAAACACCACCCCCUCAAUUCACUUGCUCAACAUUUCAGUCACAAUCAGAUUUUCAAUGUUCGAAUGUGGAACUAACUAUGGCUGAUGUUCCACUAAUCAUAUUGCCUUCUGGAGAUAACUCGUCAGGUGUAGAUGAAGCUGCAGCACAGGUUUCACCAGUAACGUCUCGGACAGCUACGCCAAUAUUAUCCCAAGUAGUGACCCCAAUAAAUCUAAGCACAGCCACUUUAUCCACACCUGUUGUUACACCAAGUUCAUCUAGAACUAUCACACCAAGUUUUAGCGAUCCAGUGCAGACCUGCAAUCGUGUACUGGAAUUAUCCACACAAAUUUUGUUUUAUGUCAAAAGCCUAGACAAGAGGCUACAAAAAUUAGAACAUGGUGCAGAUGAUCAACAAGGUAGUGCCAGUCAAUUGAAUGAAUUAUUUAAUAAUAAGCUACCCAUUACCAACGAAGAAAUGCUCCAUCAAUUUGAAGAAUGCCUGAAAAACGAACCAAAUACAGUAGCAUCUUAUGUAACUUUUAUAAAAAAAUUGGGCGGUUCCACUUAUCAAGAAUUUGUGAAUCGCUCAUUAAAAAAUACAAUAUCUUACGCAUUUGGGACAAGAUGUAGUUGGUUGGGGUUGAGAAAUAACCUUAGAAUAUGCGACUACAAAUUCAUCAAGCUUAUAAAAGAUGUUGCAUAUGACACAUAUCGCUGUAGCGAUACCUUAAUUGAAAAAGCUGGCAGCGAAUGGUUCAGACUAUGUAGUUUACGCCUUAAGCGACAACAGAAAAAAGAUACACCAUAGGCAGUUGUAUACGAUUUAUCAAUGUAUUUGAAUUCAUUUAUGUAUUUAUUUGCGAAGUAAAUUUUUGUUUAGAUUUCUA